CUGUAGGGACCAAUGGCCCCUGGGGCUUUUGCGGUGCUGAUCACUUUUCUGAUGAGGGACGACAUGGCUAAUUCUCUCUUGCUGCCCGCUCCGGGAGAAGUUGUCUUAACCCAGCUCUUCUGCUCGCUUCCCAGCGGACUGACCAACUCCGGGCAGCGUCUCCACCCCCAAGUGUUCGCUGACGGCUGGUUCGCUCUGUAUUCUGGGAGUUGUAGUCUUGGCGCGACUCCAGGCCACGUGGAGGAAGCGGCAGGACUACGCAUGCGCUCUCCAGUCUGCGGGCGGCGCACGUCGCCGCCACGGGGAUUGUCGUCGCGGCUUGUCAUUCUGACCCGGGGAGCCCUCCGAGUGUUUGCUGAAAUGUCUAAUGCAAAAGAAAGAAAACAUGCUAAGAAAAUGAGAAAUCAGCCCACCAAUGUGACUUUAUCCUCUGGCUUUGUGGUCGAUAGAGGUGCAAAACACCACAAUGGAAGUGGAAAACCUUUCCAAACUCCAAAACAAGAGCCUCAUUCUGGAACUUCAAGACAGCGGCAAGCCAAAAUGACACCCCAUUCACUGCCUGAGCCUGAGGUGAACGAGCAGUCUUCCUCUAAAGCUGUAUUUAAAAAAAAGGGAGGCUGGAAAGCAGGUCCUGAGGGCACGACAUCGCAGGAGAUCCCCAAGUACAUAACUGCUUCUACUUUUGCACAAGCACGAGCUGCUGAAAUCAGUGCUAUGUUAAAAGCCGUGUCCCAGAAGUCUUCAAAUUCACUGGUUUUCCAGACUCUGCCCCGGCACAUGAGACGAAGAGCCAUGAGCCACAAUGUCAAGCGCCUUCCCAGACGGUUACAGGAGAUGGCCCAGAAAGAGGCAGAAAAAGCCGUACAUCAGAAAAAAGAACAUUCAAAAAAUAAAUGCCAUAAAGCUCGGAGAUGUCACAUAAAUCGGACACUAGAAUUUAACCGUAGACAAAAGAAGAACAUAUGGUUAGAAACUCACAUCUGGCACGCCAAACGGUUUCACAUGGUCAAGAGGUGGGGCUACUGCCUCGGAGAGAGGCCGACAGUCAAGAGCCACAGAGCCUGCUAUCGAGCCAUGACAAGCCGUUGCCUCCUUCAGGACUUAUCUUACUACUGCUGUUUGGAGCUGAAGGGCAAAGAGGAAGAAAUACUAAAGGCACUUUCUCAACUGUGUAGCAUAGACACAGGAUUGACGUUUGCAGCAAUUCAUUGCUUAUCUGGAAAGCGCCAAGGGAGCCUUGUGCUUUACCGGGCGAAUAAGUAUCCUAGAGAAAUGCUUGGGCCGGCUACAUUUAUUUGGAAGUCUAAGAGGACGCCUGGUGACACUGCAGAGGACAGACAGUUGUGGAUCUGGCUUCACCCAACCCUUAAGCAGGAUGUCUUAGAGGAAAUAAAAACAGCAUGCCAGUGUAUGGAACCCAUCCAAGCGACAGUCUGCAUCCCAACCCUGCUUCUGACCCCGUCCCAGGAAAAGGGCCAGACUGAACAGCUCAAUGAGAAAGUUGGAAAGAAAAGAAAAAGGCAAGAUGAUGGAGAAAUUGCUAGCCCAAUUAAAAAAAUUAUUGGCGACGGAACUAGAGAUCCGUGUCAACCAUAUUCCUGGAUGUCUCCAGCCACAGGCAUUGUGAUCAGUGAUUUGACGAUGGAGAUGAACAGAUUCCGGCUGAUUGGUCCACUUUCCCACUCCAUCCUGACUGAGGCGCUGAAAGCGGCUUCUGUCCUCACUGCUAGAGAAGUCACAGAGAAGACACCUCAUCAGUGGUGGACUGAAACCUGUAAGAGUCCUGACAGCGUUUCCCUGCAUCACAGACAAGAAGCCAUCUUGGAAUUGUUGGGAGGAGUUACAUCACCAGCAGAAAUACCGGCAGGUACUAUUCUGGGACUAACAGUUGGUGAUCCUCGAAUAAAUUUGCCUCAGAAGAGAUCCAAAGCUUUGUCCAAUCCAGAAAAAUGUCAAGAUAAUGAGAAGGUUAGACAGCUGCUUCUGGAGGGCGUACCUGUGGAAUGUGCGCAUAGCUUUAUCUGGAACCAAGAUAUCUGUAAGAGUGUUACAGAGAAUAAAAUCUCGGAUCAGGAUUUAAACCGGAUGAGAAGUGAAUUGCUGGUUCCUGGCUCCCAGCUUGUUUUAGGUCCUCGGGAAUCCAAGAUACCUAUACUUUUGAUUCAGCAGCCAGGAAAAGUGACUGGUGACGACCAGCUGGGCUGGGGAAGUGGCUGGGAUGUCCUGCUUCCAAAGGGCUGGGGCAUGGCUUUCUGGAUUCCAUUUAUCUAUCGAGGGGCAAGAGUUGGAGGAUUAAAAGAGGCUGCGGUCCAUUUUCAGUAUAAAAGGUCACCUACCGUCCCAGGUGAUUUCCCAGACUGCCCAGCGGGGAUGCUCUUCGCUGAAGAGCAAGCUAAGGAUCUUCUUGAAAAGUACAAAAGACGCCCUCCUGCCAAACGUCCCAACUAUGUUAAGCUUGGCACGCUGGCUCCUUUUUGCUAUCCCUGGGAGCAGUUAACUCAAGACUGGGAGUCAAGAGGCCAGGCCCGAGAUGAAUGUUCUGUAGUUUCUUUACCAAAUGGUGAGGAGAGUGACUUAAGAGGGUACGAGGUGCCUUGUACUCCCACGCCUGGAAGAACACAGCGUCCAUCUGAUAAAGUGGGUACAUCCAUCCAUGGCCUCAGGCAGCUAGAAGAGGUAAUGGACACCGAGUGUCAAGAGCAGGCAGGGACCAAGAGGACAGUGGACCAGGGUGCUGGUGAGGGUCACGCUGCUGCCACUGGUCGUCACCUCUGUGUUCUGAGGAGUAGGACAGUACUGAAGCAGCUGUCAGCCUGGUGCAGGCCCGGUUCUGAGGACAGUCAGGGAGUGCGGCGAGCUCCCGGCAGAGUCCCGCAGGACUUGACCAGAGAGGCCUGCCUGUCCAUCCUGGCCCACUUCCCCAGGGCCCUGGUGUGGGUCAGCCUGUCCCUGCUCAGGAAGGGCAGCCCCGAGCCACACUCCAUGAUCUGUGUCCCAGCCGAAGAGGACUUACUCCAGCUCCGUCAGGAUCGCCACUACCCUGGGCCCCAGGAAUCCAAACACAGCGACCCUUUCAAGAACAAGAUCCUGAAAGAGAAGGAGAAGAAGAAAAUGGAGAAGAGGCAGCACCGAGGAUGCGAGGCUUCUGAGGGUCUGGCAGAGGGUCCUUCUGGCGGGCGAGAAACUCUGACACGGGGGUUAUGGGCAGGCCCACUCCCACAGGUCACCUCACACUGCUCCAGAGUGCUGCUGGGCUUCGUCACUCAGGGAGAUUUUUCCAUGGCUGUCGGCUCUGGCGAGGGCCUGGGCUUCAUUAGUUUGACAGGCUUGCUGGAUGUGCUGUCCCACCAGCCGGCGGCCCAGCGGGGGCUCGUGUUACUGAGGCCGCCGGCCUCUCUGCAGUACCGAUUCGCCAGAAUUGCUAUUGAGGUGUGAAUACGAGUUUAUGUCCCCCCAGGUCACAGACGAUCACUGUGUUUGCCAAGUCUGACCAUUGGAGAGUCUUGCUUUCUUUGUCUUUUGUUUCAAAAUACCAUGCAAGAUUCUUUGGAAACAAGAACAAACACGAUGACUUGUGCAAAGGAUGAAAUAUUGCCGUCAUUCCAGUAGUCUCGUUGGUUUCUAUCUUCCCUUGUCCUUGCUGUAAUACUUUAAAAUGAUUUGGCAUGGAUAGACAAAAGCUUUUGUAUUACGAUCACUUGGCCUGUGUAAGUGUUGCUGAAAAUAAUUACAAGCUCCACGCUUUAUUGUCCUCUUUUCUUGUUACGAUAAAAGGGCUGUCAGGUCUAAUUUGAAAAACAUCUUGGUCGUCUGAUAAGCAACAAUGAUGUUUAAUAAUUUACUUACCACAGAAGAGCAAAGACUGACACGUGGGCCCCAGGAUGGGUCACGUUCGAUUCUGUACUGUAAUAAACAAUGCUGAAUGCCUUACGCCAUAAAAAAAUCAUGGACAACUUACUGCGGCCUUUUCCAGUCACACUCAGCUUACGGCCAGCAUGGUAGGCUGGAAUUAGAAUGGAGGUCCGUGACUUGGUGACCUCUUAUUGACUCGCACAAGAUACUAGGAAUUACUUAUUUUAAGUAAAAAUAUUAGUAUUUUUUGUUUCUGCAAAGAAUUUCUCAAAGCCAUAGAAGAGAAUUUCUCAUAAUAUGUUUUGUGAAACGUGUUACCUAAAAGGGGGGAUCAAAGGCCAAGUUGAUACAGGAGACUCUGCAGAGUUAAGCAUUUCUUUCUUAAAGGGCUUCUGGAACCUUCCAUGUGAUACUGUGCAUUGUGGCUCUCCAGGACGUAGAUAAGCGUGUGCAGUGUUUUCUGUCUUGUUGAUCCUCAAACUCCCUUUACGAGGAUGACUUCGUAAGAUCAGUGUUCUCAGGAACACACUUCGGGCAGUGCGGCCGUGCAGUGCAGUGGCUACCUCUGUGAGAAAUGACUCCAACUCAAACUGCUCUUCCACACUCCUGCAGUCACACUGUCCCCCCACGGGGGGGUGGGGGAGCAAAGGUCUCGUCCUCUCCCAUAGGAAGGUGGGACCACCAUUGCUGCUUUGUUCUGUGCAGGAACUUGGCCCGUCGCGUUUAGUUGCCCGAAUGUCUCACACAUACCUUCGAUCACUUCCCUGCCGUGCAUUUCUAGCUGAGUGUGAGUGGGAUUUCUUUGUCUUUUAAUUUAAAUGUGUGUUUGGGCGUAUUUCAUGGAAGUGUGUUGGGUUUUAUAGACGAGUUUGGGAUGAUGAAUUGGGGAAAGAUACAGCAUCUACCGCGGUGGUCAGAAAGUACCUGGAGCCGAUGAACGUCUGAUGCUUUUGUCUCUCACUAUGCAUCUCUCUGUGUCCGACCUAAAUGAAGCUGAAAAGUAGAGUAACUCGAUGUUGUCUAUAGACAGAAUAAACAAAAAUGUCACCGGG